UAAACAUACAUGCAGAUAAAGUUUCUUGUAUUUCUAUAUAAGAGAAAAUAAAUAAAAAAUCGCAGUAUUCUAGAAUAGUAAUGGCAAUACUUUGUAGUAGGAAGGGGAAGAAUUAAGAGAGAAUAGCAGUGUGUCUGAAAAUAACUUCAGUCCUGUGCCACGCUUCAAUGGGAGUACUGAAUGUGCUUUUAAGCUGCCUUAUACUUGACACUGUCAAAGUUUUUGUUUACGUUUGAAAUCGCGUAUUAUAAAUAUUUAAAUUUCAUAAUGUGAUACUCGUGGUAGCUACAUGUUUUUGCAUUUAAGUAAAGUAUUAUUUGUGAAUACAUUUAUAAUUUAAAAGACUGUGCAAAUAUUAUUUAAAUCAUUUAAACAAUUGAUUCUUGAUCUUUAAGUAUAUUAAUGAUAUAAAAAAAAUAAAAUAACACGCAAGUACAAUUAUUUCCUCAAAGGAUGUUGUUAUCAGUUACAUGAAAAAGAAUGUAUCCUGGAAGUAAUUUCACAAAGUAUAUACAAAUGUUACAUAUUAGUGUUAACAGGAAAUGAAAUAUUUUGCAAGGAAAAAAUUUUGUAACAGGAAACCCCCUCUUACUGUACACUUCUACCAAGUAGUGGAAGCUAAAUAUAUGCCAGUUGUGUUUUAUAAACACCAAGGAACACGCGUGUUCUUGCUCUAAAUCAUACAGGCAACUGAAAUAGUUUUUAAGUACUUGAAAUUUAAGGCAGGUGGUGCACUAUAUGCAACGUAAAUAAGAUAGAAUGUCAAUUCUAAAGAAGAAAACUCUUCUACACAGAUUUCUAAGUAAUAGCAUUUCUCAAGAUAAAUUAAAUGCCGAACAUAUAAUGGGAACGCCAUCCAUCGUUAUUAAUGAUAUAGAAGAUUCUGAGCAUAUUUGGAUGACUGACAUGGAUGCAAGUAGUAUAAGUUCUGAGAACAGCUCUGAUUCUACUGCCUAUCAUAUAAGAGAAAGACAAAUAACAAAUCUACAACCUUGGACUAAAGACGAGAUCGUUUCGGCUCUAUCUAAUCUUCCAGCAGGGGAACAUGCUCUCUCUGUUAUUCCUACCCUUCAUGGUGAUACUUUGCAUAAAGCUCUAAAUGAAUUUUUAGAUAAUGAAUGCAAUGAAGUGAAAUUAAAUGUUAGGAAACUUUCUACAUCUUCGUUUGCAAAUGGGUACAAUGAUGAAUGUAUUCAAAAUGCAUUAACUAUUGAAAAUGAAGCAGCAGCAAAUGCAACUAUUCCUCAACUUUUUAAGAGAUGGCCAAACACUUGUCUCUUGGUUUCUUGUUAUGUAGGUCAUGUUGAAGUGGUAAAGGUUUUAUUAAAUAAGAAUGCAACAGUUACAACAAGAGAUAGCGACGGCAGGACACCAUUACAUUUAGCCGCUUGCGCAGCUUCGGUUAAAAUUGUAGAAGAGUUAUUAAAGCAUGGUGCAAAUCCACACGAGUGGGACUUCAAUAAAAAAUGUACACCUUUACAUUGUGCUGCAGCUAUCGGAAACAUCGCUUGCGUUAAGUGCUUAAUAAAAUCAAAAGCAGAUGUAAACGCUGGACUAUCCGGAAAAAGUCCUCUUUACUAUGCUGUUCUAAGUAAUGCAACAGAUUGUGUUGAAGCUUUAUUGGAAGCAGGUGCCUCUCCUAACAAUCCACAGGUUUAUACAGAAACGCCACUGCAUGUAGCAGCUAGUUUAGGUUCUGUUACAUGCACAAAAUUGUUAUUGAACUAUGGCGCGGACGUGAGAGUACAGUUUGGUUCUACUAGAUCGACUCCAUUACAUUUAGCAGCAGAGGAAGGUAGCUCGGAAUGCACAAAAUUACUACUAGAUGCCGGUGCCGCGUGCGAGUCAAAAAAUUUCAGAGGUCAAUCGCCGCUGCACAUGGCAGCCUUGUCCCAGUCUGCAGAAACUGUAGAUGUACUUAUAAAAUCCGGUGCUAAAGUCAACGUAGAAGAUAACGAUGGUCGUAUUCCAUUGCACGCUGCGGUUGCGAAAGCUACUAGAGGAAUAGAACUUGUCAAGAUGUUGAUACAGGCUGGUGCUUUGAUCAAUAAAGCAGACAAAUUCGGCUAUACGCCCUUGCAUAUUGCGGCACUGAACGAAAGUUCAUCAACAGUGAUGAUGUUAUUAUCAAAUGGAGCAGAUGUUACUGCUAGGACAAAGGGUGGUAUAUCUGCAUUAAGUUUCAUUGUACGCAGAACACCGGAUGUAUUGCCGCGAUUUAUUUCACGUUUGGAUCAAGCAAUUUCUUUACACGAUCACGAAUUGGGCGAUGUUGAUUGCGAAUUGAGAUUAGAUUUUCGACCAUUGGUGCCAGGUGGCAGAGGGGAAACAGAUUUACUGCUGUGCCUCGUAGAAGUCGGGCAAAGACAUGUAUUGAAACACCCUUUAUGCGAAAGUUUUCUUUAUUUGAAAUGGUUAAAGAUUCGUAAAUUUUUUUUAAUAAGUUUAAUAUUUCAUUCCAUCUUUGUUGGAUUUUUUACAGCUUAUAUCGCGGUAACAUACUUUUGGAAUGUUGAGGAGCUUAAACAAAUAUUUUUUUGGCCGGUACUGAUAUUUACCGUAGCACUCGCGAGCAAAGAAGUUUUUCAAAUGGCUCAUGGUGUAUGGAUUUAUACUAAAAGAUGGGAAAAUUGGCUUCAAUGGAGCGUUGUUUUAGUAUCAAGUAUAGUAUUAAUUAUGCCAACUCGGGACUGGCAACAUCACGUAGCUGCUUUAGGCAUUCUGCUAAUUUGGAUAGAAUUAAUGAUGGUAGUUGGAAGAUUUCCAAUGUUCGGUCUUUACAUACAGAUGUUUACUCAAGUGUCCAUUAACUUUUUCAAAUUUCUUGGUGCUUACAUAUGCCUUAUAAUAGGUUUUUCUUUAGGGUUCAGUGUAUUACAUAAGAAUUAUAAGUCAUUUACUAAUCCUUUGGUCGGUCUAUUGAAAACUAUUGUAAUGUUGUCUGGAGAAUUAGAAUUUGAAGAUGUAUUUUUUGAUAAUGAUGCACCAGUAUUAUAUUCUGGUACAGCUCAUUUAAUGCUUCUAUGUUUUGUCAUCUUAGUAACAGUAAUUUUAACAAAUCUAAUGAUGGGCCUUGCUGUAUCAGAUAUACAAGAAUUACGAAGAUGCGCGGGAUUAGAUAGAUUAGUACGCAGAGCAGAAUUAGUGGCACACUUAGAAAGUAUGCUGUUUUCUAAGCUUCUAGAUCGUGCUCCAAAUAAAAUAAUGAAAACAUGUAGACAGGGAGCGCUUCUUUUACGUCCACCACAUCAUUGUGCAAUUCAUAUUCGACCUAAUGACCCCCGUGAAAACCGUUUACCGCGAGAAUUAAUAAAAGCUAUUUAUCGCCUAGUUAGUGAAAAAAAGAACCGUAAUACACCAAUGAAAAAUCCAUCUAGAUACAGUACAAAUAAUACUGAAGCCAGGAAUUCCAGAUUAAGUAGACUUUAUAGUACUACUUCCACAAAUGAUAACAAUCAACAGCAACUGACUGAAUUAGCUAUCGAAUUAAAGAGAUAUUCAUAUAAUAUUGGUGCACGUCUAGAUAAUUUAACUAAUAAAAUAGAAAGUAUUGUUACGGAUUAUAGUAAAUGAGUAACAUACUCGAUACUUAAUACUAUUAUAUUUUUC